AUGACCACUGAGAAAAGUCAAAAUUUUGUAAUUCUUUACGCUUCUCAAACUGGUAAUGUAGAAUGGAUUGCCAAUAAUAUUCAUGAGGAAUCAAUUAAACGUGGAUUUACUAGUGAAUGUUACAUUUUAGAUGAUUACGAUAAAGUUGAUUUUUCAAAAGAAAAUGUCUUAAUUUUCGUAACAUCAAAUACUGGUGAUGGUGAUCCACCUGAUAAUUCAUUUUUUAAAUUUCUGAGAAAGAUUAAAUCAAAAUCAUUUUUAAGUCAUGUUAAAUUUUCAAUCCUUG